GUGUAACUACUUCUGAUAUUGAUAACGAACUAUGUUACAAGAGGGGAUUUAUAUACCUGAUUUAAAUAUCUCUAUCAAAACCAGUACACUAAACCGGGGAAAAACGUCUUUGGUUAACGGUUCCCUAAUCCCCUCGAAUUCAAUUUGGUGGUUAAGCUUUGUGUCAAGCUGAAAGUUAGUCUUAAAAGACAAGAAACUAGGGUUCUUGAUGGUCGAGGGAAACUAGUAUACAACAACAAGCAGGAAUUUGGAUUCUAGGCUCAUGAAAAAUAACUUGUGCUGUGGAAAACAAGUACUAACGGUCGAGGGAGCACAAAAAGUGUAUAAUUGCAGAUCUCUUUUAAAAGAAAUCGAAGCGGCAGAAUCUUGGCUUCAUAACCGACCUGGUUCUAUUGAAUAUGAAUCUGGUUCUUCUGAUGAAGAGUCUGAGGAAUCCAAACCUCUUGAAGAAUCAAAGAAAGAAGAGCAUUUCAAGAAGCCGGCUAAAACCAGUGUUGUGAGCAAGCCUUCUGGUUCUAAGACAACCACCAAACCGAGUCACGAGAGUACUAAGCCCUUUUGUCAAGAGUUCGUUUCUUUUGUUAAGGCUGAGAAUCCGAAUUGUUUUGGUAUUGAUGAAGCCAAGUGGAUUGCAAGCUGGGGGAAGGUCAAAGAUGGACCAAAGAAGCGAGAGAUGGAAAACACAUUGACGAAGAUGAUGGCUAAGCAAGCGGAGCUUUGUAUGAUGAGGAUUUUAUUUGUGGGUGACAUACUGACAUAG